AGCAGCAACGCUGGGCCUGGAGGAGAGGCUGAAGUGCGGUCAGAGGCGUCAUCCUGGACCCCCGCGGCUGUCUCCUCCAGGGAGGCGGGGUGGGGGUGACCUUGCCUGGCUCUCUCCUCCAGGUGUACCCAGGGUCCAAGCGCGCGGCCACCGCCGCCUGUCUAGGUGUGGUUCAGCCCCUCUUCAGUGCAGGGGGCGGGCGCACGACGCCCCCACCUCCGUCCCCGUCCCCUUCCCCGCCGUCUCAUUUGCGGCCUCUGACGCGUGACCCCGCCACGCUCGCGUCCCGGGCCGGUGCCAGGCGCGGGUGCGUCCGGCGCCCCCAUGUGCCUCCUCCCGGUGGCCGCACUCGCCGCGCCCCGCAGCCCGCUCCGGCUCCUCGGGAGAGGGCGCGCCGCCAUGUCCACCGCACAGCCACUCAAGUCCGUGGACUACGAGGUGUUCGGCCGAGUGCAGGGUGUUUGCUUCAGAAUGUACACAGAAGGUGAAGCCAAGAAAGUAGGAGUGGUUGGUUGGGUGAAGAACACCAGCAAAGGCACUGUGACUGGCCAAGUGCAAGGGCCUGAAGAGAAGGUCAAUUCCAUGAAGUCCUGGCUGAGCAAGGUUGGAAGUCCUAGUUCUCGCAUCGACCGCACAGAGUUUUCGAAUGAGAAAACUAUCUCUAAACUGGAGUACUCUAAUUUUAGUAUCCGAUACUAAGGAAAGAGAAAUAAAAGUUGUAGUUCUUACACUGCAAGAUAACUGUCUGUAUUCUAAGUCUAUAUUUUAGAGUAAUAAUUGCAGAGUAGGAUUAAAAAGGGGAACUUUCUGUUCUGAUAGCUACAGAAUUAUAUAUGGCUAAACAUGUCUGUCACUGGAAUAAUUUUACCCAAUUUUAUGUUCAGGUAGAACCAUAAUAUUCUAAGAUGGAAAAUGACAUUAUAAACAAUUUCAUGUGAACAUUCAAGUUAAGCUUUGUCAUGGAAUGUUUAAUUUCACUGAAAAAUCACAAUAUACAUGUUAUUUCAUUAGACAGAAAAUAAUAAAGUUAACCACCCAAAAUUA